AGAGAUGAGCGGAUAGAAGUCGCCAUUUGGCAAGAUAAUCAGAGACAGGCCUCUGAUUCAAAGCUUGGUGCACAGCUGGUGUGAUGGGUGAGGAGGCUGCAGGCUGACACUGAGUGGAUGGACAGCGGCUAUGUGCAACGAGUGGGGGAUUUUAAUAUACUGGAUGUUUAUUAUCCGUUACUCAAGUAUCAAACAGGACACAUUAAGUGGAGGACAUGUUGUUAAACUGCAGACCAGAGUGGAGUAACAGACUGGAUGUUGAUUUGGUGCAUUUGGAGGUAACUAACGACUGCACGGCUGUGGACGUCGUCUAGCAUCUAACACUGCUGGACAAAGAAGUAAAAGAGGAACGUUUGUUUUUCACUUUUUUAUUAUUUUCUGAAUGAUAUAACAUUAACUCUUGAUAACAUUUGGAAUUAUAAAAAAUAUAUAACUUUGUACAGAUCACCCUUAUUAGUCUUCCAGCUUUUACUCCAGAAGUAAACCUAUGGACUUUACAAAGUGGAGAUCACCUUCUCCUCCAUAUUCAUUACAGAGUACCGCAUGGAUGGUCUACGAAGAACAAGGGCUUUCCUCAGUGAAGGUAAUCUUGAUCAAUCGAGACCUUAAUGUAGCACGGUCUAAAGAAGAUACUGCACAUCUCCCCUUGCAUCUCUUCUACAAAUGAUACUACAAUGGAGCCAAGACACGAGCAAGGCAAAGUUUACAAAGUUCUAAACCCACUGCACCCUGCCAGGUUGGCAGUCCUGAUGAGGUGUUUGAACCAUGUGGUCCACUGAGAGCAUGGAGCCAGAGAACGCCCACACCCAGAGAAGCUUCUUCAACAAGGUGGAUGUGCCUGACCAUGCUCACUACAUCGUUGCCUCGUUUGUCUUUGUCAUCGGGACGCUGGGCAUCACUGGCAACGCCCUGGUUAUGUUCGCCGUCUAUAGUAACAAGAAACUCCGUAACCUGCCCAACUACUUCAUCAUGAACCUGGCGGUCAGUGACUUCCUCAUGGCUUUCACACAGUCCCCCAUCUUCUUCAUCAACUGUCUCUACAAGGAAUGGGCAUUUGGAGAGAUGGGCUGUAAGAUGUAUGCGUUCUGCGGCGCCUUGUUUGGCAUCACCUCCAUGAUAAACCUCCUGGCCAUCUCUAUCGACCGUUACCUGGUUAUCACCAAGCCUCUGCAGACUAUUCACUGGGGCUCCAAACGGAGAACCACCCUGGCCAUCCUCAUGGUCUGGCUUUACUCCUUGGCUUGGAGUCUGGCUCCUCUUGUUGGCUGGAGCUCCUAUAUCCCAGAGGGCCUGAUGACAUCGUGUACAUGGGAUUAUGUCACGUACACAUUGGCCAAUAGGAGCUACACGAUGAUGCUGUGCUGUUUUGUUUUCUUCAUCCCACUGGGAAUCAUCUUGUACUGCUAUCUCUUUAUGUUUCUGGCGAUACGGAAGACUACCAGGGAGGUAGAGCAUCUGGGGACUCAGGUGAGGAAAUCCACUCUGAUCAAGCAGAAGUCCAUGAAGAGUGAGUGGAAGUUGGCAAAGAUCGCCUUUGUCGUCAUCGUGGUUUAUGUCCUCUCCUGGUCACCGUACGCCUGUGUCACACUGAUUUCCUGGGCCGGUCAUGCCAACAUCCUGUCGCCCUACUCCAAGGCUGUCCCUGCUAUCAUAGCAAAAGCCUCUGCCAUCUACAAUCCUUUCAUCUACGCUAUCAUACACAACAAAUACAGGAUGACUCUGGCAGACAAGUUUCCCUGCCUGAGGUUUCUGUCUCCCACUCGUCGAAAGGAAUGCAUCUCCUCCUCCAUCAGUGAGUCCUCUUACAGGGACUCCAUCAUUAGCAGGCAGUCUACAGCAUCAAGGACUCACUUUAUAACAGCCUGCUCUGACAUGGUGUUAAAGGAUGUAGAGAUGGAGCCUUUGGGAAGGAAGUCAGGGGAUUCCUUCAGAAGCAUACCAUCAUACAGACAGUCUUCCAGAGGCAGGUCCUAUAAGAAACAAUUAGAGCGGAAGAACCAAGCAACGGAGAAGCACCCGUCUACCAUGAGGGAACCAUCUAACACCUGUGAGCAUGAACUGGUUUCCAGCUCUCUCACCGUCGCCUCUCUCCCCUUACUGGUUCUUACAAGGAGGCGCAGUCAGAGUCUGACCGAUGACAUUUCAGAUGCUGGGGAGAAGAAAGGCUGCGUCAGCGAUCUCAACAAGAGCGACUCUUUUGAUUCCCUGAAUUUUGGAAAAGCCUCAUUCACUGAUCCCAGCUCGCCUCAGGGUGUCCCCCGCAUUAUCGUCAUCAGUCCCACAUCUGAAAGCAGCCUCAUCGAUCAUGGCAGUGUCUGCUUAGAGGACAGUGUUGAAGCCAUGGAGAACAAUGUUUUUGUCAUCCAAAACUUCUCAUCGGAAGUCUUUGCGGCUGUGGAGCUGCUCCCAUGACCAGCUGGAUUUGGUUGGACAGUAAUUACCCUUGUACUUUUUGUUAUAAUUUGUCACCACAGAACACAACUUAGAGGCCCAGAUUUGUUUCGCAUGUGGACAAAGUAUUUCUCCACCAAAAGGAAUCAUGUGUACCACGCUGUUGCUUGGAUAACUGGAGAAAGGUUUGUAUGCAAAAUUAAACAAUAUGACCUGGCUC